UUCUUGUGGGUUUUUCUGCUUGUGUGUGUGUCAAAGGUUAUCAUCUCACGCAGAGUUUUCCCAUGCUCUGGUGGGCAUCUGUAAUCCAACAUGUUUAUGUGUCAUAUGGACCCUGGAAAUAUUGGGUUAGCUGAAGUAAGGAAGAGGGAUUAGUCAGCUAAGCACUAAACUAUGUAGUCCAGCUAUUAACCUGACCACCGUGGAACUCUGGGGUACAUAUGGACACUGAUUCAACAGUGCAAGCAGUAACUGUUAUUAGCUAAUGACUUUGGACAGAUAAUUACUACAGCAAAUAUUUGUUGCUGACCUUUCAGUCUUGCAUCUGUUAAAUCUAAUUGAAUAAAAUCGGUGGCUGUGGCUAUGUGUUUUUUCUACCAGAAGAGGUCAGUGUUGCAUUGACAUUCUGCAGAGAGCUGCUGCAGGCCUUUCAUGCCACACCAGCAGCUCCAGCACGAAAGGCUGUUAUGAUUCACUUGCAAUCUCAUGACAUCACACUUUAAAUCGCAGUCCGAGCCAGAGUUUUAUGGUUUAUUGUCGGUCUGUGGGUCCAAGAGGGUGUAGCUUUAAAAAUGUGUUGGGAGGAGCAGGAGAAAAUUGUUUACUGCAGCCACAGUUUCAGUGCAGACACUUAGCUCUUGUGUCACUGCCUCAAACUAAAGUGAGGGCAAAUGUGUGUUUGAGAAAUGGGGAUUGGUGCUCUCUUUUGGUAUGCAAGCACCAAGACCUUUUCCUCAGUGCACACAGACAAUGGCUGCAGCCAGUGCCUUUUGUGAGUGUGUUGCGUGUGUUGUGUGUCUUUGUUUGUCUGUCCUGGAGGCCCCCUCUGUCUCCCUAAGGCAUGUCAGGAAUGCAGCGGGAGAAGUGGGGGGAUAAGAGGAAGGAAAGAGGGAGGAAAGGACAGGAAGAUGGUAUCUUUAGGACCAGGCAGUUCGGGGUCACAUAGCUUACGUGUUUGAGUCAAUGUUCAUUACCUGCUGCUGUCUAUCUUAAAUAAGAAGGUCACCUCCUGGCUCGCUUUAGUCUGGGGAAAAUCUGCUCUCUCUCUCUCUCUCUCUCUCUCUCUCUCUCUCUCUCUCUCUCUCUCUCUCCCUCCCGCAGUAGGCUGUGAUAUAAUUGAUGGGUGGAAGAAAAUCUCUUGAAAGAGAGCCUCUGUCUCCCAAUGCAGCCACUAUCUUCUGCACACACACACACACACACACACAAAAUGCACCCAUUCACAGACAUCCUCUUUACCACAUGUGGUGUUUCACACACACUAGGCCUGGUGUGGAUGAUAGCCUGGUCCUGAUGCUGAUAAAGUGCCACAGCUCCAGCUGUCUCUCCGAUUACAGGUUUUAAAAAAAACAAAACAAUCCUGACAAAAACCAGGCCUCACAUUUUUGAUGGCCUGAGUAGAUAAGAAAUUAGAAUUAGACGUGUAAUCCCUCCUAAGCUGGAAGCAGAAGAGAUAAACCAGAGAAGACUGGAGGCACACGCUUAUACCCUGGACAAUCCCACUCUUAAAAUCACAUGUGGGCUGUUGCUACUUCUAUAGAGGAAUGCCCAAUCAUAUGGACCAUAUUAAUACAAUCCGUCACUGAAAAUCUGACGUGUAAUUUGACCUUUUGGUUUGUUUAGUCCUAUCUCUGAGCUUCCACAUGUGGUAUAAGAGGACAAUGCUAGUAUUGACCCUCUGCGAACCUGCUAGCAAGAGCACACAAGUAGAUGAUUUAGGAUCUGAGACAUUCCUAUAAGUAAUCCCCAGUGUCUGUCUAUGUCAGGGGGCAUCUGAGUUUCUUACUUCUGAAAUGUGAAGGAUUUAACAGACACCCGGGAAGGAAAAGUGGGCCGGUGCUUUUAAAAUGUUGUUAAAUAUUUAGACAUCCGCUCAGGCGGGACCCACUAGCGAGAUGAUGCGUGUGUUCAUGUAUGGAGGGGUCUGUCUGGGAUGUUGCUGGGGUCCAGAGGGACAGAGAUAUUCAUGCUUCAGUAGAGCUUCAAAAGCAUCUGUGCUUUCAGACAGACGGGACACAGUGAAGCUCAAAGUUAAUAAUCUGAAGUGGUAGCCAUGUGCCUGGAGACGGGUUUUGCUGGUCUCCAGUCAGAUGCAGUAACUACAUAACACCACAUACACACUUAUUGUACAUAAGAACAUGUUAAAAUAUCGAUCAGUUCAAAUGAACUUUAAACCAGACAGAUAGGAUAAACAUACACAGUCACUAGCAUUUAGACCUCUUCCUGCACUCUGGUUGUCCUGUACACAUUUCCAUGUCAACCAUGUCUGGUCAAAGACAGGGUUGAAUCAUAGUACGGGAGAGUUUGUAGGUCUUUGAAAAGUUCAUUUAGCUACUUUCAAAGGAAAAGUUUGACAUUUUGUUAAAUGCGCCUAAAGCUAGCCAGCAGUGAGUUAAGUUAGCGUAGCAUAAAGACUGGAAACAGCAAGCCUGGCUCUGUCCAAAGGUGAAAAAAUUCACCGACCAGCACCUCUAAAGCUCCAUAAUUAGCAAUUUAUAUAAUUUUUGUUUAAUCCAACCAAAAGCCAAACAGGACAAGUUCUGCUGUUACAGAGUCCUGUCACUUUUACAAUUAACCCAAAUGUCAAACUAUUCCUUUGCAUUUGACUUUGAAACACGAACCCAGAGUGCCAUUGGUUUUUCAUGAUGCAAUGACAUGUUACGUCUACCUGUAGAUUAACACUGGCAAAUCUGUGCCACAAAAACCCUCACUUAUCCUGCAUGUUAUUUCAUUGUUGUGCAAAUGCACCAGUCACAUUGGUGCUGGUGUGUUUAGUUAGGGCGUGGUACUUUCUGGCUUCUGUAAUCUCCGCGUCCGCCUGCAGGCUUUGGGGUCAGGGGGAUCCCUGAGGAUGAGGGGCAUGCUGGCCUGUUUGUAAUUUAUUUCUGAUGAACUCUGGAGUCGCGUGGCAGGGAGUGGCCCACAGGGACCUCAAGUACACUACCCCUAACCCUCCAUUUAGCCCCGCACCCCUGAAAGGCAAACAAUAAUAUUAUUCUCCUGAGCCGGUCUUGAGGUGAAAAAGGCAGGAGGGUCAGUCUACAUUUAUUGCUGUCUACACUCAGGAAUUUACCUGUGUGUUAAAUCCAUGCCUACCGGCUACUUCUUUUUCAAUCUCAGAGCGCACACACCUAGAUUUACUCACACAAUUUAAAAACACCCCAUGGGCAAACUGUGGUUAGAAAGAUUGGGCCUGUGCUGGGACCUGCAGCACCACUCCUACUUUAAAAGUGUAGUGAAUAUAUAUAUCUCUCACACACACACACACACAUACACACUGAUCUAUAUCCAUCCACUAAUUGUACACAUCUGGAUCCGUUGACGAUGAAAACUGUUGAAUGUCCUCUGUAACUCUGGAGGAGGUUUAAGUCAGAGAUGAUGUACAAUUUUGAACCAAAACCUUUUGUUAAAAAAGACUGGACACAUGUGGAAAAGUCAACUUGCAUUAUAAUAACUUCAUCUGCUGCAUACAUUUUGACUAUAUUUUUGAAUUAGUCUUUACGAGCCUCCCAACUUUAUGUAAAUGCAAUGUGAGAUUAUUUAAUUAAAGUAAUUAGAAACGACUUACAAUAAAGCCACAUAGUUUACAUGACGUAAUUGCCAUAAUUACAUCUGCCUUGUAAAAAUUUGGACAACUUUCUAAUUUAUAAUCUCUGCUGUUAGAACAGAUGUGAUGAUUUUUUGGUUUUUCCAGCUAUCAGAGGAUGUAAAAGGUCGAUGAACAUCUAUGUAUUUGGGAAGUGCUGCUCAAGCACACUGUAUAAACAGCAACAAAUGCCAAGAGCCGGGCGGAAUUGUAGAAAUGUGGAGUGCUCUGCCCCAGAAAAGAGGUUAUAGAAAAGAGCAAAGGCAGAGAGAGGUUGGACAGUUUCUGUCUCUCUAGACACUGCUCUCUGUGAUUAUGAACAAGUUCAGCAGUUGAACUGUGUUGGCCGACCUCCACUAAGCACCUAACUACUACCUUCACCCUGUACUCAGACUGUGCCACGUAGAGCCAGAGAGGGCGAGGUUAGGAGAAGAAAGAAAUCGUUUGAGAGUUUGAGAAGUCAGUGCAGUUAUUUUGGAAAUAAAUAGGCACUGACAAUGAGUACAACGUAGUUACACUUAAGCUCGAUCUUGCGUAGGCAAGCAAAGAAGGCAAGUCUGAAUAUGGAGAGCAGCAGAUUGAUGGGAUCAAAAGGAACCUGUGGAGGAAGAGGGAGGUGAGAGAAGGUUUGUGGGGUCAGAGGUAUGGUUUGAAUGAAGGCGGUAGCUAGCAUGAAAGGGCGGAAAGUUGGAGGAGUCGAUAGUCAGUGACGUAUAUAUGGGUAGGGAGUGGGAGGAGGUUUCAGAGAUGGGGGGCAGGGCUUUAGCCAGGUGUGGAGAGCGCCCAUGAGGCUCCGGUGUCUGGUUCAGCCCUCUAGGCUGAACCACAGUUCAUUGUGUGUGUGUGUGUGUGUGUGUCAGUGAGUGUGUGCAUGUAUGUGCUGGUACCAGCUGAAACACGCCCAGCCCUCUGCACAUUGCAGCUCACACACAUACACUCUCCUCACACACACGGACUUCACCGUCUCACGCACAUGCACACUCUCACCUCACUGAUUCAAAGGAUAUCUUUUUUUUUCUCAUGGUAUCCUGACAGUCUGCUGCUGUGGGUAGAUAUUUUUUCUUCUUCUUGUUUUUACAAGUGGCGUGUUUUUCAUCUCAGCUUAACCUUGGAUUCCUCACAGCAAGUCGGGCACUUAACUCAGGCCCAAAAGAAUGAGAGGGAGUCCAUCAGGCAGAAGUUGGCCCUUGGCAGUUUCUUUGACGAUGGGCCGGGCAUCUACACCAGCUGCAGUAAGAGCGGCAAACCCAGCCUGUCCUCACGGCUGCAGAGUGGGAUGAACCUACAGAUCUGUUUUGUCAAUGACAGCGGCAGCGACAAGGACAGCGAUGCAGACGACAGCAAGACAGAGACCAGUCUGGACACACCUCUGUCCCCCAUGUCCAAGCAGAGUUCGUCCUACUCGGACAGGGACACCACAGAGGACGACUCUGAGUCUCUGGAGGACAUGGACUUCGUAAGUCGACAGAAGAAGCUGCAGGCGGAGGCGAAGCUGGCCCUGGCUAUGGCCAAACCAAUGGCCAAGAUGCAAGUGGAGGUGGAGAAACAGAAUCGCAAGAAGUCACCAGUGGCCGACCUGCUUCCACACAUGCCUCACAUCAGUGAGUGUCUAAUGAAAAGAAGCCUGAAGCCCACCGACUUGAGAGAUAUGACGCUGGGGCAGCUCCAAGUUAUAGUCAACGACCUGCACUCCCAGAUUGAGAGUCUGAAUGAGGAGCUUGUACAGUUGCUGCUGAUUCGGGAUGAACUACACAUGGAGCAAGAUGCCAUGCUGGUUGACAUAGAGGACCUCACCAGGCAUGCCGAGAGCCAGCAGAAACAUUUGGCUGAGAGGACCCUAUCCAAAUAAGAUGCCCGUACCCACUCCGCCCUGCUCCCCUCUGCCAAGCUAAGCUCCCGCUCCAAACCAGACUUUUCCCCUCUGGCCAUUCCACCUCUGCCCCGUGUCGAUCCAAAUCCUGCCCGCUUGUCCCAAGUAUUUUGCUCCUUGCUGCUUCCCCUUCUCCCCAUGUCGACCUUCCUGUCCACCCCACUGACUCCAGUGGUAGCAGCAGCAAUGAAGAAGGCCACCCUCUUUCGUUAGCUUCUGUGGUUUUCUCCCAGCGCUGAGGACGGAUGAGCACUUCCUGCUUCCUGGGAGAAAAAUAAAUUGAUUGUGUGUUGUCAUGGAUUCUGUCCCCAGCUUCCUGUGCAGUGAUCGGCCUUGCUUCGCUAUCGUUUCUUUCUACAUUCGCCACUAAAUUAUAACUGUCAAAUGCAAAAAUUGUGGGAAAAAAAUUAAAUAAUAGUGAAAAAUUUAGUAGAAAGUAAGUCAUGAGAAAAAGAAACAAUAUUGUAUAAAAAAAAUUAAAAAAAACAGAUGGAAACUAACUUCUUCAGACCAUUUUAAGUUGGACAGUGAUUUUCAAGUAUUUCAAAGUCAACCUGUUUUUAUUCUGCACAAAUGGUAGUUUUCAACUGAGAAAUGUUUAUUUGAAGGUGCUAAAAGAGUGUAAAGGAAACAUGCCUGCCUUGUAGUGGAGUCGUAGCUUUUGGUAAUACGUUCACUCUAAUUGCUCUUCAACAUUUUGUGAAUGUUGAUUUUCUGACACGAGUCAUUUUAAAUGAAUAAGUGUGUUAAAAUCGUUUUCAUCCUACUGUAAUCAAAAACUUUAUUUGAGGAAAGAAAUGUUUAUGUACAGAUAUGUAAAAUAAAGAAUAAACUUUGUUUCAUAUA